AUGCAACAAGUCAUCGAUUCUGUCAAGUCCGCCAUCGGCGCCACCAAGCUGCCUACCGGUCAAUUGGGAAAGAACGGACCGUAUGUCACCAGAAUGGGUUACGGAGCUAUGGGACUCUCAGCAUUCUAUGGCAAGCCCAAGCCCGACGAGGAACGAUUUGCCGUAUUGGAUAAACUGUACGAGCAAGGAGAGCUCUUCUGGGACACAGCUGAUAUGUACAUGGACAACGAAGAUCUGAUCGGUAAUUGGUUCAAGGCCAACCCCGGCAAGCGUGAGCGGAUCUUCCUUGCGACCAAAUUCGCAAACCUGCGCGACGAGCAGGGCAACCCUAUCGUUGACUCGAGUCCUGAGUACUGCAAGAAGGCAUGUGACAAGUCUCUGUCUCGCUUGGGGGUCAAGAACAUCGAUUUGUACUACGCUCACCGUCUGGACGGCAAGACCCCGGUCGAGAAGACAGUCCAGGCGAUGAAGGAGCUCAAGGAAGCUGGCAAGAUCAAGUACUUGGGUCUGUCCGAGGUCAGCAGUGAGAGUUUGCGACGUGCCUAUGCCGUACACCCCAUCACGGCAGUCCAGAUCGAAUACUCGCCCUUCUCUCUUGAUAUUGAGAGUGAGCAAAUUGGUCUCUUGAAGACAUGCCGCGAGUUGGGUGUCGCUGUUGUUGCAUACUCGCCCAUCGGCCGUGGUAUGUUGGGAGGCUCUAUCAGAAGUCCCGACGACUUCGAAGAGGGCGACUUCCGUAAAUUUGCUCCUCGUUUCAGCGCUGAGAACUUCCCCAAGAACCUCAAGCUCGUGGACCAGAUCACCGAGAUUGCCAAGAAGAAGGAUCUCACUGCUUCUCAGAUUACUCUUGCUUGGUUGAUGGCUCAGGGCGACGACAUCUUCCCCAUUCCCGGCACCACCAAUCUCAGCCGUGUUGACGAGAAUUUGGGCGCCUUGAAUGUCAAGCUUACUGACGAGGAGAAGAAUGAGAUUCGAAAGGCCUCCGAAGCCGCGGAGGUUGCUGGCUCGAGAUAUCCCGAGGCUUUCUCCAAAGCUUUGUUCGCAGAUACCCCCGCUCUUUAA